AAAAGCAAAAAAAAAAAAGCCAAAAACUCACAUUGCCGCAGACAACAGUUCUGCUUGGCACAAACAAACUCAUUCAAAUCAGAACAUACAAAUCGUCUUCAUUAGAAAUUACAUAUAUUUUUUAUUUUAUUUUUAUUUUAUUUUUAUUUUUUGUCUCAACAUGGCCUUUUUCGCAAAACUCACCAAAAGCUCCAGCGAAAAAUCUAUCUACCCAUGGAGCCAACGUAAAUCGAGCAGUAGUAAUAAUGCACUUCCACGAUCCGCCCAUUGCACAAUCGCCCUACCAAAUAACAACAUCCUCUUUUUUAAUGGCAUCCAUCGAGGACCUGCCAAACGAGACAGUUUUAUACUCGACAGUAAUAGUCUAUCGACCAGUCCAUACAAUUCAACUGGGGAUAUCCCGAGUCCGAGAACAUAUCCCAUUGCCCAAAGUGUAGGAAACUAUGUAUUACUUCACGGAGGUGAACCUCUGCAAGAAGGAGAUCUAUGGGAUCCACAUCUUUAUAUAUUAAAUACAAACAACCGACAAUGGGCUCGGGUACGUGUAGAUGGCGUCGGACCAGGAGAAAGAGCAGGUCAUUCAAGCGUUGUUUUGAAUGGCAUCAUUUAUGUGUGGGGCGGUCAAAGAAAAGGAAAAUACUUGGAUGACCUCUAUGCUAUUAAUAUGACCGAAUAUCCCCACAAUCUCCAAUGGAAAUUGAUAUCUCCCAGAAACGAAGGCCCAAUGCCAAGAGCCGGCCAUGUUUCUGUAAUCAGUGGUAACGAGAUGUACAUUUUUGGAGGAACAGACUCUGAAAGGCUCUAUCAGGACAUAUGGACCUUUCAUCUAGCGGAACAAUGCUGGUCAAAAAUUCCUGCUGUUGGAUAUAUCCCGGCUGCUAGAGAAUACGCUGCAUGUGCUCUAAUCGAUGACCUCAUCUACGUAUUUGGAGGCAAAGGCCGAGAUGGCGUAAAACUAGGUGAUCUGUGUGCCUUUAGAAUCAAAGGUUAUCGAUGGUAUAUGUUUCAAAACAUGGGACCAGCUCCUUCACCACGCCACAGUCUCACUAUGACCGCCAUCAAAGAAAAGAUCUAUGUAGUUGGCGGUGAAUUUGAUGGAAAACCCGAAGACUCUUUGAUGAUUCAUGCACUUGAUAGUUCAAUAACUACAUUCACAGCAAAGAUCAAAUACCCUCCUGAAAUAAUUCCUGUGCGUUACAACACUAUUCCAUCUCCUAAUCUUUCUUCACCAACCGAUCAAACAAGGGGAUUUCCUCAGGUAUAUCCUACGGUGUCUGCCUCAACACAUCUACAAAGUCGAAUUACACCUCUUCCGGCAACCCUGCCAGUAUCCAAAAGUACACCCCUACGAUCAGUUCACACCAGACAACCUCAUCCCCACGAACCGACAAUGGCCAGAUUUGUAGAAGAACAAAGACCACCUCCUGAAAACCGAAAUAACCCUCCGGACCAAAUCAGUCGUUUCCCAACAUGGCGCUCAUACAAAUCUCCAAAGCCAGCACUAAUAAGUACAACAGUACCUGAAGCAGCCAUACGUCGUGCACGCAAUAAUUCGCCGCUCACAUACUUGGACACCACACACGAUGGAAACCUCCCGUCUGGGUCAUACAAACCAAGUGAACCUGCAGAGAAGGAGUAUUCUUUACCACCAACAGCUAACCAAAGUAUUGCCACCUACAACUCUCAACCACCCUCACCUUCUACUCUAUCCAUUCAUCAAAACAUCCCUCAAAGACCUCCAAGAAUCGCUUCGCAUAUAGGAAAAACCCCCGCUCGUCCUUCACGUGAAGGAAUCAAUUUAGAUACCUCCUUCCAAUUACGAUCUCCAAUUAUUGACUCUCCAACCCUCCAAAAGUCUUCAGCUAAUGGUAGUGGUAAUAUCGAUCUGUGGAACAAUGCGUUACCAUCUCACAUCUCUCAACAACCAAAUCCUUCGCCAAGACAAUCGCUAUCCGGUGCAGUUUCGGAUAAAACACAAGCUGGUAGCCAAAAUGAAAAAGAAUCUCAGAAUCAAUCUCGUGCGGAAAAGAAAAAGGAAGAAGAGGAGGAGGACGAAGAACAAGAAGUCUCGGAUCACAGCAUCUCUACAAAGACAACGGAGCAAGUUCCUAUCAAGCUCUCCGAUUUGUCCGAUCCGUUCCAUAAUGACAGGGUACUAUUACUGCGUGAACUCCGAUCAAGGGACGAAAUGAUCAAGGACAUGAAAAAAAAGGAGCAGUGGUGGAAGGCAGAAGUUACAUUAGCAAGAAAAGCACGUAGUUCCAAGGGCGAUUUUGAAGACGAAAAAUGCAAUGGAGAUACCGAUCUGAUGUCUAUUGGGGACAAGGAUAGCAAGAUGGCUAAACUGUUUAACCAGCUUGUGUCCGUAAAAUCCGAAUUAAGACGUGUCAGAGCAAGCAUUGUACAACAGGCGCUGCCUGCAUCUCAGAAACUCGAACAAGCAGACCGUAUGCGUAUAAUGGCACUUCAGGAAGCUGCCUAUUACAGAUCAAAGUAUGUGGCGAUGAAAGAAAGGCAAGAAGAAGAACUUGCAAAAAUUGAAACUGAGCGAGCAGAGAAGCUUGAAAGCAGAUUGUCGGCAGCAUUGAAAGAAAACCAAAGCAACAGUAAAAUAUUGCAACAAUUGCAGAAACGCGCCCAGUUUGAUCACACUGCACGGAUAGCUGCUGAAGAACGAGUCAAGGAAGCCCACGAACGAGCCGAAGAUGCCCAGAAAGCGCACCAGGCUGCGUUAGAGAAGCUGUCUGACAUGUAUACCUCGUCUUUGCAAACCGAGAUGCACUUACGCAACAGUUCCUUACGUAUCACUGAACUGACCAACCGGCUUUCAGAAGCCUUGGCUCACAGAUCGGCGUCCGAUGAGCUCUCAGAAGCGGCUAUUACGAUCUCAAGACUCGAGUCCACAAAUAUAAGAACCAGAAAUGAGACUGCUUCUUUAAAGCAAAACUUGGCAGAAAGCAUGGAUGACAUUGCACGUCUACGAAUAUUACUGAGUGAACGUGAAGAAGCUUUGAAUGAAGCGAACAGACAACUGGAAGACUCCACUAUUCAACUUAAUAUGAUGAAGGAUGCUAUGAGUCACGGAGGCAGGAUAUCUACAUCGGACAAUGCACAUACCUCAACAACAAAAGGCCAUUGAUCUUUAUAUAUAUAUAUAUAUAUAUAUAUAUAAUAUUUUAUCAAAAUUACACACAUACGUACAUAUAAAAAUUCCCUACCAUACAACUAUAUUCGGUCACUUAAUCCAAAGACGUACUUUAUAUAUAUAUAUUUAAAGAAGAAGUAAUAAUACUUUGUUUUUCUUUAUAUUUGAGGUUCUAGCAGAGAUUGAGUAUUUAAAAUUUGGUACUUUAUAAACAAACAAAGAAACGAUGUAUAUAAUCCAUAUUAAUAUAUAUAUAAGCAAACAUAUUUACGCCUUUACCUAAGAUCAAUGUAUUUUAUUAAAAAGUGGUUUAUGAUGUACUCAACUUAAUAAACACUCUUAC